AUGCGGUUGCGCCUGGUCCAGGUUCGCUUCUUCAUCAAGGUUCAACCGCCCUUCUACGUCAACAUCGACACGUGCUACCUGCGGUCUGGUGAAACGUUGGAGAUUCGCGUGGAGUUCGAUCCGGCCUACAAGGUGGAUCGCGUUUGUGGCACCGUGAAGCAGAAGCUGACAAUAGUGUACCAGGACCACCCGCAGCGGGAUCAUGUAAACCUGGUUGGUGAAGUCAUCUUCCCAAACCUCACGCUCAGCAACAACAAGUUGGACUUCGGCUCCGUCCUCAAUGAGACGAGCAAGCAGCUCACGAUCACCAUGGCCAACCCGAAUGCUCUUCCCGUGAAUUUCCAGUGGUCCUUCGUGGAAGAAGCAGAAAUGAGCGAAGAUGAUGUAAGCGGCGGACAAAGGGCUUCGGUUGUGAUGCAGAGCACGGCGAACUCGGCUGCGAACUCCUUCAGUUCAGGUGCAGCCGCGCUCUUGAAGCCUGCUGGGGCAACACUGCUGAGGAAUCUGGAGAUGUCCAGUCUGCCGCGCCUGUCCCAAGUGGCCGAAAUGCAGGGCACGCUCCUCCCCAAGCAGAAGCAGCGCCCGGCAGUGGACAUCAAUCAGAUUUUUGACAUCUUGCCGAUCAUGGGUGUCUUGGAGCCGGGCCAUUCGCAGGAUGUGACCUUCACGUACUUUGGCAUGAAGAACCAGAAGUUCGAUUGCUUGGCUGUCUGUCAGACAGAGGGCGGCCCGGAGUACGAGGUGACGCUGAAGGGUCAGGCAUCCCGACUGGACUUCCGCCUCGACAAGACGGAGCUCGACUUCGGUGAGAUUCCGUACACGGAGGUGCAAGAGCGGGAGAUAGUCCUCGCAAAUACCGGCAAGGUCGCCUUUCAAUUUAAUUGGAACCUUUGCGCUCUCUCACGUCCUCCGGUGCUGGACUGUUGGCCUGUCUCUGGCCAAAUCAAUCCUGGUGACAAGGAGCGAAUCACGAUCCGAUUCCGUACAGGUAUUCCGGACGAGGUGAACGAAGUCGCACUGCUGGAAGUUGCCCACUUCGAGCGGCAGCGAAUUAACGUCCGAGGACAUGGGAUCUUUCCGGGGAUCCUGCUCUUGCAGGGCAGCAAUCCUGACGUCUUCAAGGGCCUGGAGCGCGGCAAUGAGCAAGAGCAUCAGACCAACAAGGAGUUGGCACUGCAGCGGCUCAGAGAGAACGGACCUCCUCCUCAAGCCGCCUGUGUCUCCUCCACCUCCUCCAUGCACAGCGCGGAGAUCUCUGCAAACGAAUCUGCUGCGAGCCUCGCGGAGUGGCAGCCAGAGCCACAGGUGGUGGAGUUCGAGGUUGACCGCCACUUCAUCUGCCAGUCGCUUCUGGCGAAAGAGAAGGAGCUGUGGGAGAAGCACUUGGAGAAGUGCAACAAGGACAGCAAGGAGACCUUCGGCAAGGGAUCGGCGAGAGGCUCGGCACGUGGCCGCGGCGAGCGGCGCCCGAUGUUGGAGGUGACGCACAUCACAGCAGCCUAUUACGAAUGCAACUUCGGGCACAUUGUCCUUGGCCACUCCGGCAAGAAGGUGAUCUCGGUUUACAACUGCUUCCAUGAGAACGUGUCCUUCAACAUCAACAAGCGGCUAUUGAUGCAGAAAGGUUUCCAAAUAAGCCCAGAGAAGGUGAGCAAACUACCGCCCGGGAAACAAGUGAAGCUGGAGCUCACCUGCUUCCGCGACAGGACCGGUGAGGAGGGCAAGCAGGAGCUGAACUGGAUCAUUCCGGUCCGGGGUGGGCCAUCCUACGAGGUGAAGCUGAUGAGUGAAUUUGUGCGGCCUGACCUGGAGCUGUCUUCCGACUCCAUCGACUUCGGGCACGUGGUCGUUGGACAGGUGAAGAGGAUCACCAUCAAGCUGCGCAAUGCCAAAUCGGUGAUGGCCAGCUGGGAUUACAAGGCUCCGACGGCGAAGCCAGGGAAGCCGAUGGAGUUUGCAUACUCACUGAGCCCUCGCUCCGGAAGGGUUGCUCCUGGAGAGUCUCAGCUGGUGACGGUGAGCUUCACGCCGACAUCAUCGCGCUCUUACAAUCAGAAGGUGGCCCUCCGGAUCAUGGACAACCCCAUGAGAAAGAUGCUGCACAUGAGAGGAUGUGGUGACGGCUUGAGGGUGAAUGUGGAGCCUUCGACCACCUUCGAGCUGGGUCCGGUGCUGCCGGGCACGGAGGAUUGUAUGCAGGAGCUCUUCCUGUGCAACCCCACCAACUACACCAUCGAGGUGUACAGCGUGGACUUCGACACGAAGUAUCAGGAGGAGGAGUUCUUCCUCCAUGUCUACGACAAGUAUGAGAACAACUCCAUGGAGAUGCCGGUCCGCACCCCCGGAGCACCGACCUGGCCGGCUGUGGCCAAACACGGUCGGGAGGUGCGGCGCCAACAGGAGCGGCAGCGGAGGCUGCAGGAGAAGGAGCGCCGGCUCAAGGAGCGCGCCCUGCGGCGCGAAGAGGCCUCGCUCCGUGCAGAGGCGGCCAGGAAGGCUUCUGAGGAGCCGCCAGAGGAUCCGGAAGAAGCUGAGAAAGUCACCGCGGAGUUGGCCGAGGCUGAGGCGGCCCUGGCGGAAGUCGAAGCAGAGCCGGAAGAGCAGGACGAGGAGGAAGUGCCGGAGGAGGACCCAGGGGAGGAAGGAGGUGAGGUGGAAGAGGCGCAGCAGCCAGAAAUGGAUCCCGCCGACUUCCCUUACCGGGUGCUGGAUGAGGACCGCCUUCACGUUCUUCUUCUGGGGCCGCCGCUGACAGGUAAGAGCUCACUGGCAGCCCACCUCGAGCACGGCAAGCGGAAGAUCCUCUCCGUGGACGCUGCGGUGGACUGGGCGCUGUCAGGACCUGCCACACUUCAAGGGCCCCAGGAGGAGGAACGAAGAGAGAGACUGCGCAAGCUGAUGGCCGCACAAGAAGAGGAGCACGAAAAGGCAGAGAAGGAGCGAGAAGCCCAGGCCAAGAAGAGCAAGGAAGCGUUCACGCCACAACCUGCAAGAUACUCAUUGCCUAUUGAAGAUGUCACCUUCUUUCUGCAACAUCGAAUGCAGCUUCCUGACUGCAACGCCUGCGUCGUCUUCGACGGUGCCGACUCCAACUACUUGACAUCAGCGGAGCAAACUGUGACAGCACUGCUUGGUGCACUGUGGCCCGAGCAGCUCAUGGUGCUUUCUCUUUCACCAACGACGUGCCAGAAGUUUAGCUUGGGUGAAGGCUUGAUGAAAGCCUCUCCGGAGAAUCCAGAUGAGGAUGCAGAGCAGCUCAAGAUCGAGGUCGCCGCAUUGCAGGCGCAAUAUGCGUCGCUGAAGGCGGCCACGGAGAGCCGCGUGCAGCAGCUGGAGGCGAUCGUCCCUGAGGCGCAAGCAGGGGCGGAGAAGGCUGCAGCAGACCUCGAAGAGGCGACCGGCAAGCUGGCGGAGCUUUCGGAGAGGAGGAAGCAGAGGGCCAUGGAGGCGGAGGCUGCAGGCGCCGAGGCGGCAGCUGGUAUGGAAGCAUCAGAAGAGGUGGCAGAAAUUGUCGCCGAAAGUGCGGCAGCCAUGGCCAAGGAAGAGCAGGACCCAGAGGCAGCGGAGGAAGCGAAGCUUCGUGAGGAGCUGGUGACCAUGGAGGAUGCUGUCAAACAAGCCAAGGCCAAGCAUGAGGAUCUGGACGCUCAGCUCCAGCGUUCCCGCGAUGUGCUUUUGCAGCUACAGAAGCUUGAGGGACAGGAAGAGUCGCUGAUCUCCCGCAGUCGCGAAGUGACAGCAUCCUUAGAGGCCAGCGUGGCCAGCUUCUUGGCCUCGAAGCGCCGGCCACGCGAAGAGGCCGCAUCCCCAGAGGAGGCCGAGGCUGCGGAGGCCGCGGAGGGCGCCUCGGCGGAGGGCGGAGCAAGCCCAGCCCCGGCUGCGGAGACGCCGGAGGCCGCCACAUCUCCGGCACCCGGGAGCACUCCAGGAGUGCCCGAAGAAGAGACGGUCCAGCCCGCAGUUGCCGAGUCACCGACGGAGCCUUUGCAGCCCUUCGCAAGCUUUGCAGCCAUUGGCCUCGAGUCCAGCUUCGAGGACACCGGGCCAGACUUCCCCAAGCUCCGGGCCACGCUUGAUGACAUGGUGCCUCCUCCCUGCAUUCCGAAGGAGCCGCCCAUCCCUCCGCCGUCCUUUGCACAGGUGGUGCAGAGGCCGCAUUUGCGCCUUCCACGAGCUGCCGUGGAGCGCUUCUCGCUCCUCACACCGGCCGAGGAGGGAGGGGCGGAGGAGCCAAGGAGCGACAGCAAAGGGGCAGCGGCGGAGGACGUCAUGCAGCCCACCCGGUGGUUGAUUGAGCCUCACGGGAAAGUGCGGCUCCUCUUGAAGUUCUUCUCGGAGGACAUUGGAACGUACCAGGCUGCGCUUUGCUUCGAGGUGGUUGGAGGAAUCAACAACAACGCGCCGGUCUCGAUUGCAGCUUCAGGGAUCACAGCCUUCCCAGGCAUCAGCAGUGACCCGCGCAAUGUCUUCACACGGCGGGCGAAGAUGAAGCCAGCAAGUGGAUAUGCUUCGAAACAAUUCAUACUCUCAACCGGCGUUUUCGAGUUUGGGCCACUCCUCAUCGGCCGCAGCGCAGAUUCGCGGGCAGAUGCUGCGUCAGAUCCACACGUGAAGCAGCAUGUAGAGAACUUCCGCAUCACCAACAACUCCCUGUUCAAGGCAGACGUGGCUUUCGCUCUGGCCUCGGCACAAGCGCCCCCGGCUGAAGACCCUGGAAAGAAGACUCCUGGAGGGAAGAAAGGGGAGCCGGCGCCCACAGCCUUCGAGGAGUACCCUUUCUUGGUCGAGCCCUCGGAGCUGGAGUUGGAGGUCGGGGAGACCAAGGAACUGAAGGUCUCCUGUUUCCCUGUCAAGGAGGGGACAUACACGGACACCAUCAUCGCCAAGAUCACGGACAACCCGGAUCCCGUGGAAUUUGCCAUCGCCGCCAUCGGAUCCCUCCCCAAGGUGACUUUGGACACCACGGAGUUGGACUUCGACCGCAUCCUCGUCAAGCAGCGCAUGUCUAACGGGAUAAAGGUGGCCAACGUCUCCGCCGUGCCCGUGAAGUGGCGCUUGGAGGCGGCCAACGCCGUCCCUGAAGCCUUCGAGAUCGAGCCCAUGGAGGGAAUCCUGGCGGUGGCAGAGGAGAAGCACGUGGUGGUGGUUUUCCGGUCUGACACCGCGUGCUCGCACAAGUUCGGCCUCUCCCUGCAGAUCUCAGACACGGAAGGUCUGCGAAAAUUUGAGAACGCAGCUGAGAUCCAGGUAAUGGCAGAGGCCUUCGUCGUGGACGUGGUGCCUGAAUUUCCCAACAACGGUGUGGGUCUGGACUUCGGGGAUGUGCGUGUUGGGGCAACUAUGGAGCAGACAUUCAAUGUGGCGAACAACGGCAAGUACCCGGUAAACUUUGAUAUUAAGAUCCGGCGCAGAGCCAUCCAAGACAUCAUGAAGAUUGACUAUGGCACUCCUCCGGAGGAGGGCAAGUUCCCAGAGCUGCAGCCCGGACAGAAACAAGCCAUCAAGGUGUCGGUGGUCGCACCGGUGGCAAUGCAGUGCCCGGAACCGAAGCGGUUUGCCCGGACGGGCAAAAACGAGGAGCUGGAAUUGUUGGUCUACGAAGCCAAGACAGGUGAGCGUGUGCAACUGGAGACACCUCUCAUCCCGCUGACCCUGCGGGCAGUGCACAACUCCUUCAACCUCGCGCCACCUCGAGGUUUGAGCUUCGGUCCUGUGAAGAUCGGGGAAUCGAACACCCGGGAGUUUGAGAUCUACAAUGACGGCCCCUUCAAGUUCGAUUGGUUCAUCUUUGAUGCCACGAACAUGAAGAUUGGCACGGAGGACAUGAAGAAACCGGAGAAGGGGGAGCUUUUGGUGGGAGACUUCAAGAUCGUCCCCGCAGAAGGUUCCUUGGCUCCUCAAGACAAAGUGAAGAUCGUGGGGACCUUCACGGCGACGGAGCCAAAGUUCUGCGAGCACAAGAUCGGCAUCCACGUGGAUGGCCUGCCAGAUGACUCCCGGUCAGGAGGAGGCAGUCGGGAUGAUGCCUUUGCUGGCGACGCUGGUGACAAGGGCUUCCGGGAAUACAUCCUGACGGCCCAGAGUUGCACGCCAGGCAUCGACACGGAGAACAUGCAGUCCAUGUUCGAGGAGCAGUUCGUAGCACCCACGCUGGAAGAUGCCAUCGCGACUGCGGGACGCGUGGACAUCCGCGCCUUCGAUGAGGAGGCCCGCUACUUCUCCUUCGGCCCCGUCUCACUGCAAGGGCCAUCUGACCGGCAAGAGCCAGCCAAGUUCCGGAUCACAAAUCCGAACCCCAUCCCGUGUGAUGUCAAGUUUGACAUCAAGCCAACCAUAGCUCCAACUGGUAAAGAAGUACCCGUGCUUCCUUUCGAGCUCUCGAACCAGGAGUUGCACAUCCCACCACACGAGUAUCGUUAUGUGAAGGUGCGCUUCACGCCUCAGGGCCUCCAGCGCUAUUCCGCAAUCUUCGAGGCGACAGUCCCAGAAGGGAAGGACUCGAAGACGAACCACCUGAAAUUUGAGAUGCGAGGAGACGGCACCGUUCCCAGCAUUUCCAUGACGGGCCCUACGCUCUUCGGGGACGAUGGUGGGCAGUAUGACUUCGGUAAGCUUCGGCUGGGAAAGACGCAAGUGGUGGAAUUCACUCUGGCCAACCAGGGUGUGAUCCCAGCGACCGCGCGAUGUGAUCUUACGCCGAAUCCUCACUUCACGGUGAGUUGUGCCCGGAGCAUUCCUUUGGAGCCCAAGGCCACGCAGAAAUUCCAAGUCGCCUUCUGCCCGACAGAGUCGGGAAGCCACAGCACCUUUCUCAAGCUUCACACCCUGCACAAUUCUUUCGAGGACAUGAAACUCACCUUCGUGGGCCAGGGCUACGUGGAGGAUGUAUCCUGGGAACUCCCUCCCGGCGACAGCUCACCAGAGGGCACGGGGCAGGAUGACUCGGACGUGCUCCGAAUGGGCGAGACCUGCGUUGGCAGCGAGAAGGUCGUGAACUUCCAGCUGAACAACUCCGGAAAAAACGUUCUGCGCUUUCAGUUUCCUGAGACCCUGCCGGCACCGCUGUCAGACUGUCUGCAGAUAACUCCAUCUGUGGGGCACAUACUGCCUGGCAUGAAGAAGUCGAUCAGCUUUACGUACCGCCCCACCGAGAGCAUGCAGGCAGACGUGCCCCUGCCGGUCCAAGUCGCUGGCAUCACUCAGGAUGGCGAUGUCCAGGACUGGGAUGACACUCGCAUGGAGGACGUGGAGGGGGAGGAGCCUGCCCCGGUCUCCGAGCCUGCACACGCGGUUGCGGAAGGCACAGCUCGCGAAAUGCCGCUGAGGAUCCUGGCGGCGGCGGACCAGAUGGCUUUCGAGUGCGGGACGGAGCGGAUCCACUUCAGCCCGACCGUCCUGUUCCAGACCCGGCUGCAUCGCUUCACGGUAGCAAACCCUUCGAAGAUUGCGCUUCCCUACAACUGGCGAAUCCUUCCAGCGAGUGGUGCAGACGUCUCGGCUGGGUCGCAAGCCUAUGCCAUCACGCCCGUUCGAGGUACGAUUGCAGCGGGCAGCACCCAGGAGUUCCAGAUUCGGUUUGCGCCGAAGGAGGUGCACGACUUCGCCGGGAUUCUGGAAAGUCGGAUGCCGAUCGAGGAUCCGCUUCGCAUCCGCUUGCAAGCUUCUGCUCUGCGACCCUGGUGCCACUUCGAGGUCCCCAUCAGCGACUACAGAUCACGACGGCAAGCGGAGACGCCUCUGGAUCCGAAGUACCAGGUCAUUGAGUUCGAGUCGCUGGGCACGCGUGUGCGGAACACCAAGCGGUUUUAUGUCCUGAACCCCACCUCCGACACCUACGAGUUCCACUGGAUGCCCGAAGAGUCUGACAAAAGGGAGACUGAGGACCCCUUCCGUUGCCUCACGAAGCGGGGCACCAUCCUCCCCGGUAAGAAGUACGAGAUGCUUUUCGAGUACUUGCCAGCCGACACGGAGAUCCACGAGUCGCGGUGGCUCUUCUCAGUGCCCGGCAAGCAGGCCUCCCAAGCUUUCGUGCUGGUGGGAACGGUGAAGGAACCUCGGAUGGGAUUGGAUCGCCCUUGCAUCAAGUUCAACCGUCUUCUGCUUGGUGGCAAAGCGAUAGAGAAGGUCUGCAUCGUCAACAAGGAGCAUCUGCCCUUCAGCUUUGCGUUCGACCACAAGAGCUACGAAGCGGACGGGCCGGCGGCUAUCUCCCUGUCCCCGGACUCUGGCGUGGUUGGCCCCGGUGCAUCCUUCCCGAUCGAAGUGAAGUUCUCUCCGAACGAGGAACGCUUCUUCAAUUACAAUGUUGUGUGCAACAUCAAGCGCAAGGAGAAGCCCCUCCUCCUGAACAUCAAAGGAGAAGGCUACAAAAUCCACACGAAGCUCGUUCUAGAGGAAGCAGAUCGAGAAGGCAGAGUUCUACACCCUGGCGUCAAGGAGCUUCUGGACUUUGGGGAUAUGCAGGUGCAGGAGAGGCAAAGCUUCACUUUGAAGCUCAGCAGCCCGACCUUCGAGCGAGAUCACGCGGCAGCGGCAGAAGCAGCAGAUGAGCAGGUUGCCGUGAGCUACGACUUCAUUUGGCAACUGCGCAGCGCGACUGGCCGGCUGAUGACCCCACAGGCCGAGGUGCCACCCUACCUGACGAUUACGCCUGUGCACGGGGUGGCGACACAAGAUGGCGAGACCGUCAUCACCAUCGAGUACUCGCCCACCGAUGCACACAAGUUGGAUGGGGCCUCCCUGCGAAUGCUGAUCCCAUCAGGCCCUGACGAUGCCAGCUACACCCUGGGCCUGGCCGGCCGUGCCUACAGGCCGAUGCUGGAUUUCUCCACGCAGAGCCACGACUUCGGGCCCUGCUUCGUCAAGCGAACCGCGGCCAGCGCCGGCGAGCCCUCCCAAGGGAAAACGCCUCUAGAGCGGUUGGACCUCACCGUCACCAAUCGAGGCAUGACGGACUGUUGGCUCUCCACGACCUUCCAGCGAACGAGCUACCUGGACGUGCAGCUGCCGGCAUCCAUGGUGGAAGCUGGGUCGUCCCUCGUGGUGCCAAUUAUCUUUACUCCGAAGGACUACGUCGACUAUCGAGAGUGUAUUGAGUUCGUCGUGAACGACUGCACCAAGUACUACGUAAACCUUCGAGGUCAGGGUUGUCCCCUCCAGCUAGAAGCUGCUUCGCUGGCCAUGCAGAACGUGGACUUCGGUGUGGCUGUUGGCAAUACAGGUGUCAGCCGCAGCUUGCGAGUGGUGAAUCGGUCGGUGCGACCUGUGGAGUUCGCCCUUCAAGAUGCUGAUGGCAAGCUGGCUGAGAAGUGCGUCUCCUGGUCCCCGACAAUGCCGGUGAAGCUGAGGCCGAAAGAGCAGACAUCUUUCGAGCUGCGCUACAAGCCCUCAUUCCCAAUGCCGGUCUUCAAGCUGCCGCUGGUAGCCAGCUGCAACUUCGGCAUCGACAUGCAGAUUUGUCACGUCACUGGCAGCUGCCAUGCUGCCGAAGUGCGCUUAUCUGAGCAUUCCCUCCUCUUUGGUGACGUCGUCUUCGGUGCCACAAGUACCAAGCGCGUUCAUCUCCACAACUUCGGAGACUUGGGCGUGAAGUUCCGCUUCGACGUGCCCACGAAGUUGCUGAACAUCUUCUCGGUGGAGCCUUCAGAGGGCUAUGCGGCUCCCAGAGACGAUGUCUCUCUGCAGGUGAAGUUCCACCCGCAGAGGUCCGGUGGAUCGGAUUCCCAGCCAAAGCGGCUGCGCUGCCUCCUGGAUCCACCAUACCAGCAGGAGCCAAUCGAGCUCAUCGUCCAGGGAAAUGGCAUGGAACAGCCCGAAGACUCCGCGCUGCAACUGCAGUUCUCGGCCGAAGUGGUCACUUUCCCACCUAGCGGGAAGAACACGAGCUCAGAGCCAUGGAAGGUCCGGCCAGUGAUCAACACGGAGAUUCCUGCGGGUGAGACGUUCUUCUCCUGUCCCGGAGAGAUCACAGUGCCGGCCGGAGGGCAGGCGACCAUCCCCAUCACCUACAGGCCCCUCACCAUGACGCGCACGGCCACAGAGGCGGAUGAAGAUACGUCGCCAGCAAAGGGCAAGAAGAAGGAUCCCGUCCCACCGAAGCACCUUGGCCGGCUCUUUGCUUCGACGCCGGACGGAAGCGCCUUCGUGUGGACGCUGGAAGGCGUUUCGAACCCUCCGGGCCAAGACAAGAAGCUGACUGCGGAAGUGCAGUGCAAGACGCCACAUGUCCAGAGCAUUCCACUGACCAACUGGCUUCAGCAGAACCAGCGCUUCCAUGUGGCGAUAAACCUGGUGCACCCAGCCGAAGCGACGGAGGAGAUCAAGCUGAAUGGCAUCGGCACCUUCGAUGCCAGACAAGCAAAGGACUACAAGUUCAAUGUUUACGCUUACAGAGAAGGCGCCGCCGUUGCACGGAUUGUUUUCACCAAUCCGAAGACCGACGAGUUUGUUGGUUAUGAGAUCAGCUUCAAGUUUGUGGCGCCGAAAUCCAUCGACACUCUUCGCUUCAACACUGUUUGCCGUCAAGUGGCUACGCGAUCCAUAUCGGUCAUGAACCCACUAUCUUCCGUGGCGAAGUUCAAGUGCCAGGCCACACACCAGGAUUUCCGAUUCUCGCAGAACGAGUUCUCCGUGGCGCCCAACUCAGAGGCCACGGUGGACGUCCUCUUCCGGCCAGUGAUCGUGGGAUCUGGUGAGGCCAAGCUUUCGCUGAGUUCUCCUGAGCUUGGUGACUUCCCGUACACAGUGGAGUACGUGGCCAAAGCCGCAGGCCUGGACAAGACGAUCGUGUUUAAGGCACCCUUGGGAUCGAUGGACUCGAUACAGCCCUUCCGGUUCUGGCACUAUGCGCAGAAGGCAACAACUUUCAGUGCAACCAUCGAGGCAGCGCCAGGCCAAAAGUCAGUGAGCUCCGAUUUUGCACCAGAGAUCAAGGACUCGGCCCCUGAAGUUCCGGUGCCGGUGCCAAUCUCGCGAGCCUUGCCUUUCUUCCAGGAAGUCAAGGUGGAUGCUGCGGGAGCGGAGGGCCAGGAGGCCUCCAUCAAUGUCCGAUUCACACCUUCCGAGCUUGGCGAGAUUCGAGGGCUUCUGGUUCUCACUUCCCCAGACGGUGGUGAGUACAAGGCCUUGCUGAUGGGCUACGCGCAGCCCCCGCAGCCACAGGGACCUGUCGAUGUCCCCAAGGGCAAACCGACCAACGUGGAGUUUCAGAAUCCCUUCGCUGAGCCGGUGGAGUUUUCGCUCCAGGUGGACAACCCGAGCUUCCAGCUAACACAGCGCGCCGUAAAGCUGGAUUCAAAAAAGACGGCCUUUGCCUCGGUCCCGAUUCCCGUGUCUUUCACGGGCGAUAAAGCGCAGGGUGGACGCCUCCUGGUCAGCGCUGGUGAUCUUCCUCCAGGGCGUGCCGUAGCGCCAGGCUACGACAGCCAGUUCGCAGAAGCAAUGAGCCGAAAAGUAGCGGCGCAGCUGUGCAGCUGUCCCGAGAGUUACGAAGCGAUUAAAGUUGCUCUUCCCGAGUGGGCCAGCUGCUUGGCGACAACCUUUCCUAGUAGAUGA